GGCCGGAGGGCGGGGUGGGAGGAGGCGGAGCCUCCGCUGCUGCAGCCGCCGCCGACACCGCCGCCAGGGGGACUGUCCGAAAGCCUCUGGAUUCUUCUGUGUUGGAACUGUUGCCAUGGAGACCUCCUGAGUGCUCCAUGUACCACUGGCUUCCGAUUUAACUACCAGAGAGAGAUCCCACACCCUAUGGACCCAUAGGCUGGUUUUUCUGGUUUGCUCCCCCCAGGGCAAUUUGCAUAUUCCUCCAAGAACCUUCAAGAAGCUGAACAGCCUGUUUUCAGACACAGAGACGGGAGGCCCACAACUAUUUCCUGAAAUCUGGGGCUGGGCGUGGCCACAGGGGACAGGUCAAGCCAGAGACUGCCUCCCAUGGCUGAGCCAGCUGUGGAAGGGGAGCCGCACCUGCCCACGGGCCGGGAGCUGGCCGAGGCCAACCGCUUUGCCUAUGCCGCCCUCUGUGGCAUCUCCCUGUCCCAGCUAUUUCCAGAACCUGAGCAAAGCUCCUUCUGCACAGAGUUCGUGACGGACCUCGUGAAGUGGCUGGAGUUGCCCGAAGCCGUCUUGCCAACCAUGACUGCUUUUGCCAAAGGCCUGGGAGGUGAAGGAGCAGACGUGUUUGCUCCGAUUUUAUUGAAGGACCCCAUCUUGAAGGAUGACCCUUUGGUGAUCAUACAGGACCUUCUGAGCUUCUCACUCAAGGAUGGGCGCUACGAUGCGCGGGCCCGAGUCCUCAUUUGCCACAUAAACUCCUUCUUCCGAGUGCCCUUGGGGGAGCUGGAUCUCCUCGAAGAGACGUUCCUUGAGAGCCUGAAGGAAACCAAAGAGGAAGAAUCUGAAACGGCUGAGGCAUCCCGGAAGAAGAAAGAAAACCGGAGGAAAUGGAAGCGCUAUCUCCUGAUAGGCCUGGCAACCGUCGGAGGAGGGACAGUGAUCGGCGUGACUGGGGGUCUAGCUGCCCCUCUCGUGGCUGCUGGCGCCGCAACAAUCAUUGGCAGUGCUGGGGCAGCAGCUCUGGGCUCGGUGGCCGGCAUCGCUGUCAUGACCUCACUAUUUGGUGCAGCUGGAGCUGGCCUGACAGGAUACAAGAUGAAGAAGCGUGUGGGGGCCAUUGAAGAGUUCACAUUUCUGCCUCUAACAGAAGGCAGGCAGCUGCACAUCACCAUCGCCAUCACAGGGUGGCUGGCGUCCGGCAAAUACCGCACCUUCAGCGCUCCAUGGGCGGCCUUGGCCCGCAGCCGCGAGCAGUACUGCCUGGCGUGGGAAGCCAAGUACCUGAUGGAGCUCGGCAACGCCCUGGAGACCAUCCUCAGUGGUCUUGCCAACAUGGUGGCCCAGGAGGCCCUGAAGUACACGGUGUUGUCUGGCAUCGUGGCUGCCCUGACCUGGCCAGCCUCGCUCCUCACUGUCGCCAACGUCAUCGACAACCCCUGGGGUGUGUGUCUCCACCGGUCAGUGGAGGUUGGCAAGCACCUGGCCCAUAUCCUGCUCUCGCGGCAGCAGGGCCGGAGACCUGUCACCUUGAUUGGCUUCAGCCUGGGAGCCAGGGUCAUCUACUUCUGUCUGCAAGAGAUGGCUCAGGAGAAAGAUUGCCAAGGGAUCAUCGAGGACGUCGUCCUGCUGGGUGCGCCCGUGGAAGGAGAAGCCAAGCACUGGGAGCCCUUCCGGAAGGUGGUGUCAGGGAGAAUCAUUAACGGCUACUGCAGCGGGGACUGGCUGCUGAGCUUCGUGUACCGCACGUCGUCCAUGCGGCUCCGCGUCGCCGGCCUACGGCCCGUGCUGCUGCAGGACAGGAGGGUGGAGAACGUGGACCUGUCCUCUGUCGUCAGCGGCCACUUGGACUACGCCAAGAAGAUGGACGUCAUCCUGAAGACUGUGGGCAUCCACACCAAGCCGGGCUGGGAUGAAAAGGGGCUCCUGCUGGCCCCGGGCAGCCUGCCCCAAGAAGAGCCUCACCGGGCAGCCACCACCUCGUCAUCAGAGAAGACCACACCCGGAGACAGCCCCAAAGUGGCCACAUCCACUGACCCUACCCGAGCCCAGGUGCCAACAGGGCUGGACCAGGAAGGGGCCUCCCCUCCUGCCGCUACCAGCCCGGCUAAGAGCCCCCAGAUCUGCAGCCAUGGCAUGGACCCCAACCCACUGGGCUGCCCGGAUUGUGCCAGCGAGACCCAGGGGCCCUGCCCCGGGCUGGACUGACCGCAGAGGGGGCUUGAGCUGCCUUCCCAGGUUCCUCCACAUAGCUCGCUCUUACCCUCCACCAGGUGCCCCACACGAGCUCUGAAUUUCCACCUGUACCUUUCCCAAGUGGAAGGCAUUGGGAUUGAAAAGAAAGGAACUGGAAGGAGGGGAGUGGCAGAGAGACAGUGUUCCCUCCCCCAGGAAGCCAGGCUGGAGCCCUGCAGAGACAACCAAGCACAGUCUAGAGCUCCAGGACUCUACCACCCUUGGGCUUCCCAUAUUUCGGGCCGCAGGUGUAGGGGCUGGCUGACCACCUGGAGGCCCAGGGGGCUCCCACACCACCACUCUCCCCCAGUCCCAGUAAAUCCAGGUGAACGCCUGCUCUUCCAUCCACAUGCCAGGCUGCCCGCCAGCCCCCAGGCAUCACUGAUGCACCUACAGAGCAGGUGCAGGUGAGAAGCCAGCCGCUCACUCUCUGCUCUUGGGAGGCACGAUCAGAUGUGCCUUGUGCGGCCACUCAAGCUGUGCACUGCAGAACUACUGGGGUGUGGUCACAAGGAUGUGAUGUGAAGGGUGCCGCCGCCCUUGUUGUGCUACGUGGUAGCCCUGGAUGUAACUGUCACAGCGUGGUGAAUAUAUGCUGAAUCAGCGUGCA